AUGGCCCUCCCCAAGCGCAUCAUCAAGGAGACCGAACGUCUCGUCGCAGAUCCUGCUCCCGGCAUCAGCGCUGAGCCCCGCGAAGACAACCUCCGCUACUUCGAUGUGAAGAUCCAGGGCCCCGAUGGCAGCCCCUUCGAGAACGCGGUCUUCACCCUGGAGCUCUUCUUGCCCGAGGAGUAUCCCAUGAGCCCACCAAAGGUCCGCUUCCUGACCAAGAUCUACCACCCUAACAUCGACAAGCUCGGCCGCAUCUGUCUAGAUAUUCUCAAAGACAAGUGGUCCCCAGCGCUCCAAAUCCGCACCGUCCUCCUCUCCAUCCAGGCCCUCCUCAGCGCGCCGAACCCCGACGACCCGCUCGCGACCGACGUCGCGAAGCACUACAAGGAGGACGAGAAGGACGCGCAGCGGGUGAGCCGCGAGUGGACCAAGAAGUUUGCGGAGCCGUUGAGCAGCGAGUAG